AUCACCCCCCCCACCAUGACCCUCCCCUCUGACUCAGAUCUGGGGGCGGAGCUCCACAGCAACAGCACCUCGGCCGUGUCUUUGGACUCCAGCGUCUUCUUCAGUGAGACCAUUGCGUCCUGCGUCCUCGGAGACGUCCUUGUCGUCAAUGUGGGUGGGCGUCGCCAUGCGCUGUCGCAGGAGCUGCUGGCGUCGCACCCUGAGACGCGGCUCGGGAAACUGGCUCGCUGCAGCCGGGACGCGGCGCUGGAGCUCUGCGACGACGUGGACCUCCUGGAGAACGAGUUCUUCUUUGACCGCAACGCACAGACCUUCCAGUAUGUGAUGAACUUCUACCGCACAGGUCACCUUCACGUCAUGGAGGAUCUGUGUGAGAUCUGCUUCCUGCAGGAGAUCCAGUACUGGGGCAUCGACGAGCUCCGGAUCCACCCGUGCUGCCGCGAACGUUACUAUCGCCGCAAAGAGCGGAGACGAACCCUCGACAUCCACACAGAGCUCGAGGCUGAGGACGAUGGCGAUGAGGACUUUGUGGGCGUGGCCUGUCCUGCUCUGCGCCGGCGUUUGUGGAACCUUCUGGAGAAACCCGACUCGUCGCCGGCUGCCCGCACCUUAGGCUCGCUGUCCGUCUUCUUCGUGGUUCUGUCCGUGAUCAGUAUGGUUCUUGUCUCGCUGGACUUGGGUGAGGACUUUGGUGCGAGGAGCGUCGGUGUCGGCGCCCCCGUGCUGUUUGACACGCUGGAGAACGUGUGCGUGGUGUGGUUCACGGGCGAGCUCUUGCUGCGGUUCCUCUGUGCGAGGAACAAGUGCCGCUUCAGUCGUAGCGUCGCCAACGUCAUCGACCUGCUCGCCAUCCUGCCGUUCUACAUGACGCUGGCGGUGGAGAGUCUGCGCGGAGGAAGCAGCGAGCUGGAGAAUAUGGGCCGCGUGGUGCAGGUGCUGCGACUGCUGCGCUCUCUGCGCAUGCUGAAGCUGGGACGACACUCCACAGGACUGAAGUCUCUGGCCGUGACCAUCACUCAGAGCUACGAGGAGGUCGGCCUCCUGCUCCUCUUCCUCGGCGUUGGUAUCGCCAUCUUCGCCAUGGUGAUCUUUGCGUUAGAGCAUGACCUUCCCGCCACGACCUUCACCAGCGUUCCAGCCGCGUGGUGGUGGGCGACCACGUCCAUGACCACGGUGGGGUACGGGGACGUGCGUCCCGACACGGCGGUGGGGAAGGUACUGGCGUUUGUCUGCAUCCUGUCGGGGAUCCUGGUCCUGGCUCUGCCCAUCGCCAUCAUCAACGACCGCUUCUCAGCCUGCUACUUCACCAUGAAGGUGAGGGAGGCAGACGCGCGGCACGCCGACAUGCUCAGGAGGUUGGCCCGCGGCUCAUUCGCGGGGGAGGCGGGGGAGACGGGGGAGGACGGAGUCGGGGGAGGAGUGAACCUGAGGGACGCCUACGCGAGGAGCGUGCUGGAGAUGAUGAGGCUGCAUGGACGCGAGCGGACAAGCACACGCAGCAGCGCAGGAGAAGAAGAGUGCUGGUGAAACGUGUCCAGCACAGUCCAGCACGGUUUCUGACGAGGUUCAACAUGUCAUCAGACGUCAUCAGACUGCCGGCCUCUGAUUGGUCAGAGAGUGUCGUCACUGAAGUGUCAUGAGCGCGACGUCAAAGACAACAAUGUCCAACUGUAGAUGAAAAAGUGAAAAAGACUUGAAAAACAUGUGUUCAUCUGCGUCACUCUAAGUCUACGAUGUCUUUAAGAACACGAUCACGUCUUUAUCUCACUGUGAGACGGACGUUUGUAAACCACUCACUCUCACACACCAAAGUCCUGAGAGAAAAUCAGUGAUUUUAGCUGCGGGGACACAGGAGCUGCUGGUCCUCUGCUGCCUCGUGUGGUCACUUUGUGUCACUGACGUAAGUCUAGAUUAAAUAUUUUAAAAGCUGAAUUUUACAAAAUCAGACAUUAGAACUUAGUGAUGGAGGCAGCAGUGGAUCAACAACUCCUGUGUGGGACUGAUUUUCUCUCUGAGGUUUGGUGUGGGAGAGUGAUCAUGUGACAGGAGGCGUGUCCAGCAGUGGGAGGCGUGUCCAUGUCACAGUACCUCAUGUUUUCUUGUUUGGUCAGUGUGUGAUUUUCUCAGAGAUAACAUCCAAUCAUCAUAUGUCCUGCGUGGACGCGUCAUUGGCCCAGUUCUGUUCACAGAGACGUGGUUGGAGGUCAUUUCAAGGACAGAAGAAGUCCCAGCUGAGCGCAGAGAAACCAGGUCCACCUCCUCACCAUCUCUAAAUAUAGUCUCAUCAUCCUUCAACGUCUUCAACACUCAAGGGUGUUGUGUUUUUAAUGGAAAUAUUCACAUGAGAGGCAGGAGGAGGAGCUUCAGUGGGUCACAUGACAGGGACACUCAUGAGACGACAAUGUUUCUUUCACUUAAAUAUUCAUACGCCUUAAAAUAGGCACGAGAAUGUCACCGUCCAGAGAUAUAGAACACAUUUCUGCAUGAGCUCAGAGUCAGUGUUGGGUAUAAACGGGGAUUUGUCCUGUUUGUGUCAGUGGUCACAUGACACGGAAGCUGUUUAAAAAGCAGGUGGUUUUGUUCCAAAUUAAAAAUAUAUAUAUAAAAAUAUAAGAAGACAAUGUUCUGUUUGUCUGGAGGAACUGCACUUCUUGUUCUUGGUUGGUUGAUCACAUUAGAUUCAGCUCCUGUUUCCAACAGAUAAAAUCACUGUGGACGUUGGUGUGGGAGAGUGAAUAAAGAAAACACUGAUUUUAGUUAAAGACUUGUGUCAUAAAAUGUAGGGACGUUUAAGUGAUUUUAACAUCACACACACACAGACACAAGAGUUGUUGAUCCACUGCUGCCUCCAUCACUAAGUUCUAAUGUCUUAUUUUAGUGAAUCCAGCUUUUAAUGUAUUUAAUGUAGACUUACUUCAGUAACACAAAGUAACCACACGAGGCAGCAGAGGACCAGCAGCUAAAACACUGAUUUUCUCGAUGAGGUUUGGUGUGUGUGUGUGUGUGUGUGUGAUUUAAAAAGAAGAAUCUUUAUUUUUGUUAGUUAUAGUUAAUGUUUUAAAUGUUAUAUCCCAGGUUGUUCUUGUAAAACACACACACACACCUUGUAAAAUGAUUUCUGUAAUGAGAAUAAUGUCAAUACUGUUGUAGCAUCAAUAUGCUAACAGCACGAAAGACGACCGACACUUCAGAUGUUCUUCCACACUUUGUUCAUUGUCUGAGGCAUACACCUCGUCUUGCAGGUACAUUACAUGUCAUUUAGCGACUUACAAUGGAAUUGAGUACAAUCCGCCAGGGGUGGAAUUGAACUUGAGACCAUUGCGACCAUGAUGUCUUUCGCACACAGGGUACCGUUCUUAACCACUGAGCCACUUCACCCCCACCCCCAGGUAGCAGAGCCCCCCCUACUGGUGUGGCGGAACAUUACCAAUACAUCACAACUCCUCCCCUCUUAUUCAAUUACCAGCUAUUCAUAACCACAGCAGCCUAGUCUGGGUACAGUUAAACUCAACUAAAUAUCGACAUCAGAUGAAACAAUUCCAUUUUAUUAAAGUAACAAAAGACUUAUUUAGGCUAAGGGGGUAGAAUCGCUGUCAAGGGAUUAUUCUGCCCAGUCUCUCUCUGAACACAUACAAACAUUCACCAGUUUAAAGAGUCAGCCUGUGUGGUGGUCUGCGGUCCCGCCUGUGGUACCGGCGCGGGGACUGUUGGACUGCAGCAGUGUCAGUGUGGGCGAUGUCUGACUGACCUGCAGAUGUAGUGACCCACUCACUGACCGGGCUGGAAGUCCUGGAGCAGGCUGGGCGUGGACGAUGUUAGGUUGACAUCAUCUGGUCAGCAUGGCGGUCCCACACUGACCUGGUAGGAUACUGAACAAGCCUGUGAUGUAACGGUUCCAGUUCUGUUGUAAACUGUGAGAGAUGAAGUGGAAGUGGGGAACAACAAUAGAAAACGGCGGUCUGUCGAUGUUUUGAUGUGUUUUUUGUGGCUCCUGGGCAUUUAUUUUCAUUUCAUUUAAUAUGAGUGGCUUAAUGUUUAUAAGUAGAACAAAAGCAGUUGUUUAAGAGUGCAUGAAUGUUGUGUUUGAAUGUUACUCGUUCAGGUGAAAAGAGUGUGUUGAAACGUGGUUUACACGAUGGUUUCCAUAUGAAAGACGUGUUUAACAGGCAGUAGAAUAAUAAGAACUGCACAACAGAAGUUAAAGCAAAACGUUGUUUAGCUGAUUAAAACAGUGGAAAUGUGAUUAUAAAGACACAACAUGUUUUGUAAUUUCAUCAUAUGUUGGGAAUAGGAUAUGUGAAGAUAUCAUUCAUUUUGUGGUGACUUGUGGAGCACGAUGAGUGAAUGACACCAUGAAUAGAGAAGUGAGCGCAUGAAGAGGACGAGUGAAA